GCACAGCAAAGCAUUUACCCGACUGAUAUCUGACCAAAUGUCAGAAGAAAUACUCUCUGCACAGGAAGAUUUCUUCUGUCAUGCAAGUAUCAUAGCUUCAGAUAAAAGCACAUUAUAAUGGACCAAUUGGACAUCAAUACCAAUAACUCUCAGGCUGUGUUUUACAAGCUUCAUACUAUUCAGGAGGAUGAACUAGAAUCAGAAGUGAAGAAGGAAACAGACCUAGAAAAACAAGAGUUGUCAACUGGAAUAAUUAAUAAGAGGCAUGGUGCAAAAUGGGGAGACCCAAUAUCGGAAGAAGGUCAAGUAAAAAAUUCCAAAUCUUUGGUUGCUUCUAUGAAAAAGGUUAUCUCCUCUCUAGGACCUAGUGCACCAGAUGUGGUUGCAGACUUUGUUCAUAUUAAUGACUGCUUAAAAACAGAUUCAGGGCAAUGCAGUGACCAAACAGACACAUUUAUUACAGAUCUUUGUCUCCAAAUAGUCAUGGUAAGAAAUGGAGUUCCUGAUCCACAUUUACAAGGCGAGGUCAGGAAGAGACUACGACUAUUGGAGAAUGACAAUAAAGAAGUAGCUGCAGUAUUAAGUGAACUUUCUGCACGGUUGCUGUCAAUUCAGAGUGAUAAAGAUCUCAUAAUUGUGACCUUCAAAACAUUUGAGGAGAUAUGGAAAUUUUCCACCUACUUUUCACUAGGGUUUCUGAAUCAUUGCAUGGAGAACAUAUUUUUAGACGAAUCAUAUUGGUUAUCAUCACCAGAGGAGGACGAUACUGAAAUACAAGUCCAUUUCAGUGAAGAGUCAUUACACUUGAUAUAUAAGGGACUUCUGGUGGAGGAAGGAUUGUUCUUUGUUCUAUGUCCUGACAACCAUAUACGACAAGCUACCGUUGUAGACGAGGUCCUGCAAGUCUCCCAGGACAGCCCUAUUGCUGAAGUGCAAACUGUUGGAUGGUACCCAACAAAGCACAGUGAGACUGGGGCCAGCUCAUUAAAUGCUAAAGAUUCUCCUGUACCAUUAUGCCCAUUUCAUCAGUGGUUUCUUAAAACAAAUUCUGUCCCUGAUCUGGAUGAUGUUGAAUUUAUGAAGAAAAAUAUUAUUGCUACAGACAAAUGUGAAGCUCUAGUGAAUUAUGAAAGUACAGCUCCUGAUGAAAUCAGCUACAGAAGCGGAGAUAUUAUUGAGAUUGUCAGCACAUUUAUGCAAUGCAUGACGUGGUUUGUUGGAAAGAACGUGUCAUCUGGAGAUAUUGGCUUUGUAAAAACCAGUAAUGUAAAGGCUUUGGCAUCAGAGAACGGGCAAACACAGAUAACAUUUAUAUUUGAUCAAGAAAAAGUAUACCCCGGAAGCAAGGAUGGUUUUAACUUAAAGAAUGCAGAGGAUUUACUACAGAAAAUAUCACAUUCAGAUGUUUGUACUAUUUACAGAAUUGAUGAAUUUGAAGAAAUGAAAUGCUCACAAAAUAGAGAGACACAAACUCCAACACCUAAUACUGAGGCAGCAAUUUUAAAGGAAAGAAUUAAGGAUUUUAUAAUAAAAUGCAACAAGAGUCAGGCAUUGUCGGAAACCACUGAAAAAAUACAAAAUAACAGUAGUAGUUGUUUAGCAAAUGAAAUGCAGAUGAACUGUGAAGAUUAUGAAGAUCCAACUUUUUGUAUAUUUGAAGAAAAAGAGAAAGAUGAAGCCUUGCAGUCAUUACUUUUGUUCUUAAACAGUGAAAAAUUUCUUCCAAGUUUCAGGAAUCUCUAUGAUAUGUCUUAUUCAUUUCUAAAAAUCUCUUUUAAUGGCUAUAAUGAAGAGGAGGAAUUGGUGAGGUACCUCAGCAUGGCACGAGAGGCCGCAAAAAAAGCCAACAUGAUUUGGGCCUUGACAAGGCUUUGCUUUCUUUUGGGCAGGUUAAGUACUAAAAGGAACAAGUUCUCUCAAGCUAGAGUUUAUUUUGAAGAAGCUCUAGGUGUUAUUAAUGGGGAUUUUGGUGACCUUUAUCUCAUUAGCGCACUAUAUGCAAAUGUAACUGCCAUUUACUUGAAACAAAAAUACAAAGAACGCUAUCUACACGUGAUUGACAAAGCAGCUUCUCUUCUCAUGGGAAUACAAAAUAAUAUCAGUAGCACGGAAAUGGAGUCGGUCAUACUAAAAUAUGCGCUAAAGAAGACAAUAUUCAGUCAAGAUCAAUAUACUGAGGCAAGAGCCAGCCUUCUUUUGGCAAAACUAUACACUAACUUAAGACAGUAUGAUGAAGCAUUGCCAUUCAUAGAGCGUCUGCAAGUUCUAAUGAACAUAUUGUCCCUCAACAACAGUUCUUCUUCUUCUUCAGGACUGUAUUUUAAGCUGGCAGAGAUAUACAGUCACAAGUGUCUACCACACAUGGCAUUAAGUUGUGUUAAAGUCAUUUCUUGUGGUUCUUGUAGUUUUUUGGACUCUUUGAAAAGAGUGGAUUUCAUCAUUGAAAAUUCCCCCAAGUUCUGUGAAAUAAAAAGAGGUCGGCUGAUUUUUCCUACUCAGAUUGCCUACUACCUCAAGAAAGCACUUACGUUAGCACACACCGAAGAGGAACAAGCACUCUGCACUUUGAUUUACCUGAGCUUAUCUGAAUUAUGCACUAAUAACAAACAGUACAAAAAAGCAAAGCUGUAUUUGCUGAAGGUCAUUGACAGCAGCAUCUCAAUGGAUGUUAAAAUUAGGGAUUAUAUUUCUGUUUCCCUUGCGUGGUUGUAUAUGCUUGAAGGGGAAAAUAAUGUAGCACUUGAUAUUUUAGACAGUGUAAUGAAACUGUGUUCUUGCACAUCACAUCAGCUAGGUUACAUACAUAACAUAUGUGCCAUCUCCUUGAGAAGGACAAAUAAUAUUAAGGAUGCUGCUGUGCAUUACUGUAAAGCAUUGCACAUUUCAAAGGAGACUGGCAAUCUACAAAACCACGCUGCUGCACUGGCUAACUUUGGAACAUUGUGUUUGCAUUUAAAAGCCCCUAUUUUGGCAGAACACUUCCUAGUUAGAUCUGUCUCUAUUUACUCCAGACUUCCAACCAAGGACACAGGAAUUGAUUUUAUCCACGUGCUGAUUAUGCUAGGACGCUUUUAUAUCAGUGGGAUUUAUAAGGAACAAGGAAGGUUUUAUUUUGAGUGGGCAUUUCUUGUGGCAAUGGAGACCAACCAUUUAGAAGGUCAACUUCAAUCCAUCCAGUUACUGUGCUAUUUCUACAGCAAAGUUGUAGUUAACGAAGCUCAGUGUAUUAUCUACAAUGAAUAUCAGUUGUCAUUAGCAAGGAAGAUGUCUGACAAAGUGUUGGAAGGACAAAUACUGGAAACAAUUAGUCAGCUUUACUUAUCUUUAGGUACCGAAAGAGCUUGUAGAUCUGCUUUGGACUACACCAAAAGAAGUCUUGGAAUUUUUAUUGAUCUGCAAAAAAAAGAAAAAGAGGCUUACGCUUGGCUCUGUGCUGGAAAAAUUUACUAUAUCCUGGGACAGAAUGAACUAGUGGAUCUUUAUAUCCAGGUAGCACAAAAUGUAGCUCUUAACACUGGAGAUCCAAGCUUGGGAAUGGAGUUGUUUGAAGCAGCAGGGGAUAUAUUUCUCAAUGGUACCAGUGACAGAGAUAAAGCAAUCUCCUUUUAUAGGGAGCGUGCUCUUCCACUGGCUGUGAAAACUGAAAAUUUGAGUGUGGAGCUUCGGCUGAGCAACAAACUCACAGAGCUGCUAAUGAACAAAAAAAGUUAUGAAGAAUCCCUAGAACAUGCAAAGACAGCACUUGCACUUAGUGUGAGUUUAGGUAAUCUGCUGAACGAGAGAGUUGCCUAUCACAGACUAGCUGCCAUAUAUGGCAAUAUAGGCCAGUAUGAACUUGCUGAGCACUUUUACCUAAAAGCUCUUUCUCUUUGUCCAUCACCCUUGGAGCUAGAAGAGGAAGCUGUGUACUACAUGAAGGUUUAUUUGAUACUGGGAGAUAUAGUCUUCUACAGUCUUAAGGAUCCCUACGAUGCAGCUGGAUAUUAUCAUCUUGCACUUGCAGCUGCUUUGGAUUUAGGAAACAAAAAGUCUCAGCUGAAGAUCUACACCCGUCUUGCCAUCAUUUACCAUAAUUUCCUUGUUGACAGAGAAAAAUCUCUAUUCUUUUAUCAAAAAGCCCGGACUUUUGCUUCAGAACUAAAUGUACGAAGGAUAAACCUAUCACCAAAGCAGUAUUAUCAAGACACAAAAUGGACUUCCUAUAAAACAGCCGUGUAAAACAACAAACACUAGUAAAGUUUAUAAGAAAAUAUAUAUAGAAAAUUAAUAUUUUAACACUAAAUGCCAAACACAAUUGUUUAUUAGGUGCUGCAUAGGCUAACUAUUGAUUAUAUGUGUGCUAAUUCUUCAAAGUUAAAAUUAAGAUUAGUUUAAACUGAUUUGUCAACCAACCCUUCUUUAUUCCUGAAAUACUGGAAUGAGAUCAGAUGCCUUCAGCCUCUCCCAAUGGGUUUGCCCAAAGUGGUUAGCACUGUAUAUUUUUAAAAUUGAAUGGACUGGGAAUAAAAAGCAGCCCUGUAAAAAAUGUAUUUUUUUAAUUUACUCUGUAGAAUGCACAUGCAUUAGCAUGCUCCCCAGAGCGCUACAGGUAAGUAAAAUACCUAAUAAAUUAUAUUCGUUAUUCUUUAAAAUAGUUAGUGAAUUCAUUCAGAUAUUUGUUUCAUUAAAACAAAACAAAUAUAUGAAUUUUCAUUACAAAUUGACAUUCAUAACAAAAUUAAAGCACAUUCCUAAUUAUCCAUAAUGUGAUCUGGAGAAGACGGUCAAAACAGUGCGUCUUGACUAAACACUGGAAAUGGUACAUGGUCUAAAAAUAAAACAUACAAGGAAAUACUUUGUGGCCUUAAUACUUAUAGCUAAAAGAAGAGACAUGACACAACUGCUUUGCCUCACCAGCAGAACCACCCCCUUAAAUUAUGGUUGGCCAGCACCAGCUGCUGUGGCACAAGUGAAAUGUCCUGGUAGGCCAAUCUGGGCCGCGAUCCGAUAUAAAUCGUCGCCCACAAAAGCCGGCAACGCCAAAUUUUGCGCUGGUUUGGUAUCACAUAUACGGCGUAACAUAGAAGUUACGCUUGUAUAUUUCUGCCUUCGGCCGUAGUUUUUUUGGCCCAUAGACAGGUAUACCAAACCAGCGCAGUUUGGUAUCCAAUAUACAGCAUAAGGAUCUUACUCCAUUUUCACCUCACCACAAAUUGUAGGCGUAGUAAGCCUUACGCUGUGUAUUGGAGCCCUGUAACUCCCUAAACUAGCUGCAAAAUAAAACCUAACACCUAACGCAUGCGCAAUGUCUAUCUACCUGUCAACCGCGAACUGCAAAAUAAAACCUAACAUCUAACGCAUGCGCAAUGUCUAUCUACCUGUCAACCGCGAUCCCCCGCCACAAUCCCUAAUAAAGUGUUUAACCCCUAAACCGCCGCUCCCGGACACCGCCGCCACCUACAUUAAAUGUCUAACCCCCUAAUGUGAGCCCCCUACACCGUCGCCACCUACAUUAAAAUUAUUAACCCCUAAUGUAAUCCCCCUACACCGCUGCCAUCUAUAUUACAAUUAUUACCCCCUAAUGUGAGCCCCCUACCCCGCCGCCACCUAUUUUAACUAUAUUACCCCCUAAUCUAAUCCCCCUACACCGCCGCCACCUAUAAUAAAUGUAUUACCCCCUAAACUGUCCCUACCGUAAACUAAAUUAAAAAUAGCCCUGAAAAGGGCUUUUUGCGUGGCAUUGCCCCAAAGUAACCAGCUCUAUUACCAGCCCUUAAAAGGGCCUUUUGCGGGGCAUUGCCCCAAAGUAAUCAGCUCUUUUACCAGCCCUUAAAAGGGCUUUUUGCGGGGCAUUGUCACAUAGUAAUCAGCUCUUUUGCCUGUAAUCUAAAUCCCCCUACACCACCGCCACCUAUAAUAAAUGUAUUACCCCCUAAUCUAAUCCCCCUACACCGCCGCCACCUAUAUUAAAUAUAUUAACCCCUAAUCUAAACCCCUACACCGCCGCCACCUAUAUUAAAAUUAUUAACCCCUAAUCUAAUCCCCCUUUACUGCCGCCACCUAUAUUAAAUUUAUUAACCCCUAAAAUACUAAAAUUUCCCUACCACUAAACCUAAGUCUAACCCUACAAAUAGCCCUGAAAAGGGCCUUUUGCGUGGCAUUGCCCCAAAGUAACCAGCUCUAUUACCAGCCCUUAAAAGGGCCUUUUGCGGGGCAUUGCCCCAAAGUAACCAGCUCUUUUACCAGCCCUUAAAAGGGCUUUUCGCGGGGCAUUGUCACAAAGUAAUCAGCUCUCUUGCCUGUAAUGUAAUCUAAUCCCCCUACACCGCUGCCACCUAUAUUAAAUAUAUUAACCCUAAUUAUAUUAGGGUUAAUAUAUAUAUAUAUAAUAUAGUUAUUAUAUUAUAUAUAUUAACUAUAUUAACCCUAUCUAACUCUAACACCCCUAACUUAAUUAUUAUUAAAAUAAAUCUAAAUAAUAUUAACUAAAUUAUUCCUAUUUAAAAUGAAAUACUUACCUAUAAAAUAAACCCUAAGAUAGCUACAAUAUAAUUCAUAAUUACAUUGUAGCUAUUUUAGGGUUUAUAUUUAUUUUACAGGUAACUUGGUAUUUAUUUUAAAUAGGUACAAUAGCUAUUAAAUAGUUAAUAACUAUUUAAUACCUACCUAGUUAAAAUAAUUACCAAUUUACCUGUAAAAUAAAUCCUAACCUAAGUUACACCUACACUAUCAAUAAAUUAAUUAAAUAAACUACAAAUAUCUAAACUAAAAUACAAUUAAAUACACUAAACUAAAUUACAAAAACAAACACUAAAUUACAAGAAAUAAAAAAAGAUUACAAGAUUUUUAAGCUAAUUACACCUAUUCUAAUCCCCCUAAUAAAAUAACAAAGCCCCCCAAAAUAAAAAAAUUCCCCUACCCUAAUCUAAAUUACAAAAGUAAUCAGCUCUAUUACCAGCCCUUAAAAGGGCCUUUUGUGGGGAAUUGCCCCAAAGUAAUCAGCUCUUUUGCCUGUAAAAAAAAAAAAACAACCCCCCCCAUUACAACCCACCACCCACAUACCCCUACUCAAAGAGUAAAAGAUUAUUUUUAAUCAGGCAUGGAUAACUUAUUUUGCUUACAUGUGAAAUACCAUUAACAAAUUGAGUACUUACAUUACACAUUAUGUAUUGAUUUGAGCAAUUAGAUGGAGUGGUUGAAUGGUAUCUGAUUCCAUUCUCUUUCGCAUGAUUCCAUGAACUUUAUUUGUUUUUGUAGAACUGGUACUUACACAUUUCACACAUACUCAGAAAUUAAAGGGACAUGAAGCACAAAAAAAAUUUAUUUCAUGAUUCAGAAAGAACCUACAAUUUUAAAUAACUUUCAAUUAACUUCUAUUAUCUAAUAUGCUUUAUUCUCUUGGAAAUUAUUUUUUUAAAAUAAAAGAAUACCUUGGUAGGCUCAAGAGCAGCGAUGCACUACUGGUAACUAGCUGCUGAUUGGUGGCUGCACAUAUAUACCUCUUGCUAUUGGUUCACCCAAUAGCAAGAGGUAUAUUGGAUCGCGGCCCUGGCCUUGGUUUUUUUUAAUAUCAAAGAGUAAAAGAUUAUUUUUAAUCAUGCAUGGAUAACUUAUUUUGCUUACAUGUGAAAUACCAUUAACAAAUUGAGUACUUACAUUACACAUUAUGUAUUGAUUUGAGCAAUUAGAUGGAGUGGUUGAAUGGUAUCUGAUUCCAUUCUCUUUCGCAUGAUUCCAUGAACUUUAUUUGUUUUUGUAGAACUGGUACUUACACAUUUCACACAUACUCAGAAAUUAAAGGGACAUGAAGCACAAAAAAAAUUAUUUCAUGAUUCAGAAAGAACCUACAAUUUUAAAUAACUUUCAAUUAACUUCUAUUAUCUAAUAUGCUUUAUUCUCUUGGAAAUUAUUUUUUUAAAAUAAAAGAAUACCUUGGUAGGCUCAAGAGCAGCGAUGCACUACUGGUAACUAGCUGCUGAUUGGUGGCUGCACAUAUAUACCUCUUGCUAUUGGUUCACCCAAUGUGUUCAGCUUGCUACCUAUAAUACAAUGCUGCUCCUUCAAAAAAAAAAUUUGCUAAUUGAAGUAAAUUUGAAAAUUGUUUUAAAUUGUAUGCUCUAUCUGAAUCAUUAUAGAAAUGUUUUGAGUUCCGUAUCCCUUUAGCCUACACCUCAGUCUAAGUAACCAAAAUGUUUUCUUAUUUUUUCCAAACUGACAUGAUGCGUGUAUAUUCAUAGUCCUGUUUGUUCCAAAAAGCAAAAGUAAGCAUUUUAUUGCAGUAAAAUUAUACCAGUUUCAAAUAUUUUAUUUAACAAUUGCUAAUUAUGUUUAAUAUGUAUAUAAAAGACCAAACCGUUUAGAUUCAUUGAAUAAAAUUCAAAUUGUACGUUGUAAUAUAAUAUGCCUUUUCCUAUUGUUGUGUAAUUGGUAGUGAGCACUAAGUAGUGACUAAUUAUUAUUGAUUAUAAUAUUGAUUCAUUAUUGAUUAUAAUAAAAGAUCAGAUAAUCUCAAUCUCCCAAUCAAUAAUUUGUAUUUUGCAUCAGCUGAAGCUGGUUCUGAUUGGCUAAACCUUUUUUAAUGAAAAUACCAAACCUGCAUCACUUGGUUAGAGCGACAACCUUAAGCCACAAUUAUUGCUAUAUUAUAUAUUGUUUAUAAAUUGUUUUUAGCUUCCUAAUUUUAAAUGUGGUUACAUAUUUAUAUUCAGAAUCUCUUGUAUACUAUAUAGACUUUUUGAGUGUUUUUGUCACCAGUAAUAUCAAAUGUAAAUACAAACUUAAUAAAAUAAAAAGCUUAAUUCUGAAAAACAAAAA